AUGUUAUAAAACAAGCUAGAAAUUACUUAAGAAUAAGUCAUGUAUCAUGUAUUAUAUCAGACAAAAGCCGGUUUCUAAUAAUUUUUAACAUCUUCGUUAAGUAAUGCUACGUUUAAAAAGAUCAUUUUAUUUUAAUGCAUUUACAUAUACUGUGAUUAAUAAAGUCUCAAUUAAUAAAGAGAUAUAAACAUUCACGGAUUGUUUAUCAAGAUGCAUCUUUUUGAUACAUGGUUAUGUUUUGGUUUUUUAUCUUUGGUAAAUGGGCUACGUGAAUACGAGAAAAAAGAUUUGAUUACUCUAAGGGAAGAAGUACGAUCUAUGUUUGAUCAUGCUUAUUCGAGCUAUUUAACAUACGCUUAUCCCUAUGACGAAUUACGAUCAUUGAGUUGUGAUGGAUUUGAUACAUGGGGCAGUUUUUCAUUAACACUUAUCGAUGCUUUGGAUACCCUCGCUGUAAUGGGUAAUUUUUCUGAAUUUCGACGUGUAGCAGAAAUUAUAAGUGCUAGAGCAGAUUUUGAGGCUAAUAUCAAUGUAUCUGUAUUUGAAACUAAUAUAAGAGUAGUGGGGGGAUUACUUAGUGCUCAUCUUUUAUCACGUAAAGCAGGCAUUAACUUAGAGCCAGGAUGGCCUUGUAAUGGUCCAUUAUUACGCCUUGCAGAAGAUAUGGCAAAACGUUUAAUUGCAGCCUUUGACACUCCAACAGGAAUGCCGUAUGGCACUGUUAAUUUGAAAUACGGAGUACCUGAAGGUGAAACAAGUAUCACAUGUACUGCUGGAAUCGGAACAUUUCUAUUAGAAUUUGGAACUUUGUCUAGAUUAACUGGAGAUCCAUUGUAUGAAGAAGUAGCUAUGAAUGCUAUUAAAGCAUUACACUAUUACAAAUCAAAUAUUGGAUUAGUGGGUAAUCAUAUAGACGUAUUAACAGGUCAUUGGACAGCUCAGGAUUCUGGAAUUGGUGCAGGUGUUGACUCUUAUUUUGAAUAUUUAGCAAAAGGCACUUUAUUAUUUCAAGAUCCACUACUAGCAACAAUUUUUCAUGAGCACAAAGCUGCUAUUGAGAAAUAUAUUCGACGAGAGGAUUGGCAUUUAUGGGUUUCUAUGACAAAAGGUCAAGUAACUUUGCCAGUGUUUCAGUCUUUGGAUGCCUAUUGGCCUGGAGUACUGAGUUUAUUUGGUGAAAUUGGAGAUGCAAUGAAGUCAUUGCACAAUUAUCAUCGAGUUUGGAAACAAUUUGGAUUCACACCAGAAUUUUAUAACAUACCACAAGCAGAAGCAGGUACUAACAGGGAAGGUUACCCGUUAAGACCAGAACUCAUAGAAUCAGUUAUGUACUUAUAUAGAGCUACAGGAGAUCCUUACCUCAUACAGGUAGGAAUAGAUAUAUUAAGAAGUUUGCAACAUAGUGCUAAAACUACGUGUGGCUAUGCAACUAUCAAUGAUGUUAGGGACCACCGAAAGGCUGAUAGAAUGGAGUCUUUUUUCUUGGCAGAAACAACUAAAUAUCUUUAUCUCCUUUUCGAUCCUGAUAAUUUUAUUCAUAAUUCUGGUCAGAAAGGAGAAAUUAUAGAAACACAAUGGGGUCAAUGUAUUGUAGAUGCAGGAGGAUAUAUUUUUAAUACAGAAGCACAUCCCAUAGAUCCUGGAGCAUUGUACUGUUGUCAUAGAAGUCAGAAUUUAUUUUCAGACCAAAAAGCAAUGUUAUGGAAAUUCAUUCCUGUAAAUGACGUAAAAGAAAAGGAAAAUAUAGAGCAUGCCUUGUAUCCAAAAGAUAUAAAAGAUAGAAACGAUGAUAAACCAAUUGAAAUUGUAAAAUUAUCUGAAAUGAGGCACACUUCUGUAAAUAAUGUAGAGAAUAAUAAUAACAAAAAUUUAAUCAAUCCUUUGCCACUUAUAAAUGGCAAAGUAGAUGAAGCGAUAGCAAUAGAAGAAGAAAGUAAAAUAAACACAAACAAUCCUCAAGCUUUGUCCGGAAGUCUUUGUCAGGAAGAACCUGAAUCUUUGAAAGUACAAGUUGCUGCGCCUCCUUCAGGAAUUUAUAAAGCUGAUGACAGUGAAAAUAUUGAUACUUAUGACACCUAUACUACUUCUGAUGGGCAUUAUCCUACUUCUGCUACGAAAAAUAACACAGAAUCGUUUAUCAAACAAAACAGUAUAAAAUCGAGAUUUGAACCACAGAUAUUGCUUGAGAACAUUCGAAAAAGAAUUUAUAUCCAACAAAUAAUUCUGCAAAAAUAAAUUAUCAGCUUUUAUCUUGCCAAUCUCAAUCAUUCCUACAACGUAUAUCAAUUAUAGGAGAAUUUUUUUAAUUUUAUAUAUCAAUUGUAUAUACAAGUGUAUAUGUGUAUAUUUUCUGUUAAUCUUUUGUCUUAAAUAUGAAUAUAUAUAAAUUAUUUUUAACGACCAUUAAA